UUUAUCGAUAUUCAGUUGAUCUGGAGCGACGGUCGAGCAAACAGAAUUUACUGAAUUUCUGGGUGGAGCUGUCUAAAUCUCAUGGAAUUUGUUAAUUUCUCGAGUAUCUUUCUCUCCCAUUACUAUUGAUUGAUACCUUUCUGAGUAUUACCGUCAAAGAAUCGCUGACCCAUGCCUGUUGGACCGAAGUCACUACUCAGAAGAAACGGAGAGAUGAAUUCUCGGAACCGGAACCGACCUACCCCUCCAGAGCGUAGAUUUCGAGGUAUAGAUGUGACGAACCCUGCAUAUAUAACUCAGGUUACGCAAUCGCAGUACCGUAUCUCACCGGCUGAAGCUCUUACUAAGAUGAAGAUGUUGGAGCACUGUGAUCGUGCUGUGAUCAAUCCUAUGUUUCAUACACCCUCCCCAGACCAUCCAUCAAAUGAUCCAAAAAUCAAUGAGUUCAUCAGUGUAGACAAAGCAGUUAUCAAUUUUUUCUUCGGUCGAGGUGUACCAGAUUACAAUAAAAUCAAGGCUACUAACAAUGAUGACCAACGGAGCCACAUACAUACACCUCCAGACAAUUGGGUAGACCAGUAUCCCCUUCACAGUGCUGCGUACGAAGGUAAUGCUAAUGAGGUUGCGCAACUUCUUCACCGAGGCUACCCAGCUGAUCAACCUGAUGUACAUCUAUGGGUCCCACUGCACUAUGCUUGUUGGAAUGGACAUGUAGAAGCUGUGAAAACUCUACUUCUGAAUAACAACUGUUCGCCAAACACAGAGAAUGACAGUGGAUCGACGCCGCUUCAUUUCUCAGCAUUCAAAGGUCACGCGGAGGUCGUGCGAUUACUGUUAAAUCAUCGAGAUAUUGACAAGUAUGUAGUGAAUAAAGAAGGAAGAACUCCCCUUCAACUUUGUGAAGAAUCCAGACAAAAUGACUGGGAAACAACAAGAAAACUACUUAAAGAAGCCAAAGAAAAACCAUCUCACAUAAAGAUUGAUGUACAUCUAAUGGACCUGGACGGUUCACAUGUGGUGCUAGAUCUGGAGAAAGGCAGUAAUACAGUAAUAGCAGACCUUGUUCAGCAAUUGCAGUUACCAAGAGGAGGUCUCCAGAUCUUCGCUGUAUGGAUUGCUUCACAAAACCUUCAUUUACAGAUGAGACCAGAGCACAAGCCUGUAUUACAUUUAAAGCAAUGGGAUUCCAUCAUCAGACAACUCACAAAUUACAACCCCGAUACAGAGCGCCCUCUAUUGUAUCUCAGGAGAGAUGCUCUGCUCACUGUAGAAGAAGAAAGAACGAUUCGAGACCCCCAAGCGAUCAAGAUGCUCUUCGAUGAAAGUUUACUGAAUGUGUUAAAAGGAAUGUAUCCAUGCAACGAUGCUGAUGCGAUCACCCUAGCAGGAAUUUAUAUGCAGAUUACAUAUGGCGAUCAUGAUCCAAAGAGGCAUAGAGCUGGAUUCUUGAACAACAUCAACCUGAGGCAUUUCAUACCAAGCAUCAAAUUAGAGGGCAAAGGUCAAAGUUCACGGAGCAUGAACUGGGCACAGAAGAUCGUCAAUGAACACCGGAACGUCACGCAGAAAGGCAUUAGAGAUGUCACGAAAUUGCAAAUGAUGUACUUGGAGAAAUGCCGGUCAUUCCCUGUGUACGGCUCAGCCAUAUUCUUUGGGUCGGCUCAACUAGGGGGCAGUCGGAGAGGUCAAGGAGGGUCACAGAGGUCACCGGCUGCAUUUGUAGGGGUCAACUCAAGAGGGAUACAUCUGAUAAAUGCUAUUAGUAAGAUGAUGAUUCUUAGUGUGGGUUACAAGCAAGGAUUGACGUGGGAGGUGUCGAAUGAUAUGCAGACGUUGACGUUAUUAAUCCAAGAUGGUAAUGGCUAUCGGUCACUACCGGUCAAGACAAAACAGUCUGCCAUCAUCAGCAAUCUAGCCAACAAGCUCUCAGGACGGAUAAACCAAGAAGACCAGCCGUCGACGAGUAGAGCGAACAGCUUACAGAGACACUGAUCGGCAAUCCUCAUCACCCGUUGAACAGUUCAUGGAGACCGUUUUUACCCAGUUUUGUUCACUUUCAUGCAUAUGUAUCUCAAUUAACUUCAGAUGAACAAGCGAACAGCUUACAGAGACAUUGAUCUGCAAUCCCUAUCACCUAUAUACAAUUCAUGGAGAUCGUUUUUACCAAUUUUUGUUCACUUUCAUGCAUAUGCAUCUCAGUUAACUUCAGAUGAACAACUACUAGACUCCUAACGGUCACGUUGUAUAUCCGCACCACCGAUACUCUUCAGAAGCAUAUGCUGCAGGGAUUAUGCAUCCGAUGACCUGGAGCAGGAAUGUGGAUUCAGUUGUUCCUCGACUUAAUAGUUCGCGGUCUUUGUUUGGUUCAGAUAUAUGCAAAUAAUAGGCUGACAACUCUCACAUUCUUCACAUGCUACGAACGUCUCUGUGGAAUGCUUUUGACUUUUACCUCAAUAUCUCUGUGCUGAUCGUCCAUGAUGACCGACCAGGCUGGUCAGGCUGCUAUCGUCAAGGGCACCUGCUAGACUCAAGCCCAAGGGGAGCAUUACAUCAAGCAAAGAGUCACUGAUGGCUGUUAUAAGUUACCGAAAUUCUUGCUUCUGAUUGGCAGAUAGCAAGUUAGUCAGUGGAAAUGACCGACAAGAUGCUUUAGGAAAUGCUUCCCUGGUGUGGGUAGCUCAUAUCUUGCGCACUCGAAUGUUACAUCGGUUCACAAGUGGAGGCUUGGCACAGAUGAAUUAGAUCUAGGACAGUACUGUGAAAUCCUCAAGUUUUCUACCUGCAUGUAAUGUAUCCCCCAAAUUCUUGUACAAACCCUUCUAUGUUUAAAUUUGUUUGAUUUAUGUAUGAUGGAUCCCUAAGUUGCUUUCUAAGGAAUCUUUUGAACCUAAGAACUGCUUUGAAGGCCAAGGACGCCAAAAACAACAUGUUAAUUGAAAUGGAAUAGGAAAAGAAAAUAAACCACAUAGUAUUAUAAAUUUUAGUAGAAUCAGACGUAGAAUAUUGAAGAAUGGCUAAAUAAUACGAAACAGGUAUGAGAGUGCUGGCUGAUAAUGUUGCCUACUUGCUAUAGGUUGUUGAUUAUUUUUUUAAAUUCAUUUUGGGUUUGGUUUGGCAUUCAAAAUAGAUAUUGAAACAAGUUUGAAGUUGUGCAUAACCAAGAAUAUAGGAAUGCUAUUGCCUAUCUACUCUGUAGCAAUACAUUGGAUCACAUGAUUGCAUUCUUUCAUAAAUCUUCCUCAUCUCAUAAUUCUCCUCCACCGCCUAUCUCAUGUUGAAGAUGAAUGGAAAGAGUUGAGACUUUCUUGAGUAAUCAAACCGAACCUAGAAAACUGUAGUUUCUUGGUACAGCAAGCCAGAUUCUGUUUCUCAUGUAAAUAGGCAGUAUGCACAAAUUAUUGUCACUGAGCAUGUACUCAAACUUUCUAAAAUUGAAAUGUGGAUCUACAUGUAUAAUGUCAGUGAAAAAUAGCUAAAUCUCUGCCAAUAUGCUAAAAAAUAUUGUGGUAUUAAUUGGAAAUAGAAAAAUAUAAAACAAAUCAUGAUUUGAGUGUAUAUUUUGAUAUUCACAGUGACAUUUAUGACUCCUUUUUUCUCUCUCUAUCUAUCUCUUUCUCCAAAUCCUUUAUUAUUCUACAUGUUUUUUUUCCUUUUCUGUCUUUCAUUUCUUUUUCUCUUCCCAUUCUCUUAGUCAUUUUUUCAACCUUGACUUCUCUCAUCAUUUCAAGCAUCAGGGUAUAUAUAUAUCUGUAUAUGUACAUAUAUAGAUAGGUAGAUAGGCUGAUAGAUUAUCUUUGUCAUUUGCAAAAUCACAUCAACAAAGAUUGUACAGAUUUUUAUCACCAAAUGAUAUCACUGUAAAUUUGUUCUCAUGAUUUGAGAUUAUUGUCAAUUAUUUGUAAAUGUGUGUAUAUAUUUUGGAUAUAAAGAUGUAUAGAUAAAGUUUAUAGUACUAGAUGUAGAAUUCAUAAUAAUUUUUCGCCUAUAAUACGCUAGGUGUGGAUGUGCUUUAUAAUGUGUUAGUGACAGAAAGACAUUUAUAUCUCAUUUAUAAUGUGUUAAUGACAGAAAGACAUAUCUCAUUUCAUCUUACUCUGAGUUAACGUCUUUUUGGCUUUUAACAGAUGAUGUAAGUCUAUUUUUUAUUUCAAUGCAACUCAUUUAAUCAUCAAGUGCAAAUUUCUUAUAAUUUCAUUGUAAACUGCUUCAAUCAUGUUUCAAUCAAAUUGGCUUUGGAUUUUGUUGCAAUUAUUCAAUAUUUUAUCCGUGAUUAUUAUGUUUAUUAAAAUAAGUUAUUUAACUAUAUAUGUUUCUGUUCAUAUAUAAGGUGUAGAAAAUGUAUGUGAACUUCUGGGCUCUUGUUCCGUCCUUAAGGCUUUCUCCUUUACUGAUACAUAUCCAGUUGAGAAUGCUUUGAACCCCUAACCCUUUGAAUAUCUAGCCUCUAGGCCCUGUGACAUGAAUAGGUGCAAGUGAUAUUUACAAUCGAUUGUAAAUUUUGGUUACAUGGUUUGCAAUAAUCUUGCAGUUAUGACUGAUUGUACACAAGCUUAUAUAUUUCAUGUUUACUGGGCUCCGACCUGAUAAAGAUUUGUGUGAAGCUUUAAAGAAAAUGUUUUCAACCUAAAAUAUUCACAGAGCUUAUAAAUAUAUCAAUUUCGUGAAAUCAUACAGAGAUGUUUUGUGAGUUGUUGGUCGAGUGGCAAAUCCAGACGUUGGUUCAAGAUACUCAAUUAAGUAAUUUGAUAUUUGAAUGUAUUGUUGCUGGAGAAUAUGUGUAACAUUUGGUAUUCUUUCCAAUACAGAUAGAAAGUGACACAAGUACCGGUAAUGCACCAUUUUUCAGUAAAUAUUAGACUGUGGUUUUAUAGUGUUAGGAAAAAGGAUGCCAGCUCAUACUUGUUUGAUUCCAUCUGUAUUGGAUGACAUUGUAAAAUCAGCUAUGUGUUAAGUCUUAAUCAUGGCAGCUUUAUCAAACAGAUCUCAAGUAACAGAUUGUUUUUCUCUCUUUCAUUAAUUCUCUUUUUUUUCAUUUGUUUUGAAUCAAGCUUUUCAUAAACCAAGUCUGGCAGUACCCCUGUAACCAGUAAAGUUGCAAGUGUUCUUGUUCAGGAGAGAAUGAACUGUUAAACCUAGGCCCCACUCUCACAAUUCGCACCACAAUUGAAACCAUGAUCUGUAUCGUGGAGUAAUUGUAGUGGUCGUAUCAGAUCUCGUCAGGUAUUGAGGUCAGUCUUGGCAAUCAUUGUGACUACAAAAAAAAAUUGUUAAAUGGCUCAAAAAUUUUCAGGAUCAGCUACGAAAGGCCAAUCAUAACGGAUUGCAUGACAGUGGGACGAGGUGUAAACAUUACAUUUACUCCUGCGACAAUUUCUCCUAUGGACAUCUCACACAAGAAGCCAGUUAUUGCAUCUGAUUGACUGAGAGCAAAUUAGUCUGUAAAAUUACUGACAACAUAAUAAUGAUUGUAUUUCUUAUUUACCCAGGGUAGCCACUUAGGGUCUUAUGAACUGUUCUCCAUGCGGGCCCUGCAUGAAAUAAUGUCAUUAUUACCCUUCUUUAUUCUGAUACGACGUCGAGCGCCUGACGAAUAGAAGGCAGAAGUUCCCAUUUUGAAAAGUCUUUGGUAUGUCUCUGCCGUGGGUACAAACCCAUGGCCUCCCGUUCAUUAGGCAAAAGCUCUACCACCGAGCCACCAAGUCAGAUGAAACUUGAAAUGCUCCCUGUGUCACGAAGGAGUCUAAGAAACCAUGUGAUGUCACAAUAGGCACAGUGCACUCUGUGGUCAACACUGCAUAAAAAGGGUGGAAAUUAAUUAAUCACAUAUUCAUGUACUAUCGAAAAAGGACUGUUGAUACUAACACAUGCUAUGUGGAGCGUUGUGGCCCAGUGGAUUAGUCUUCGGACUUUGAAACAGAGGGUCGUGGGUUCGAAUCCCAGCCAUGGCGUAAUUUCCUUCAGCAAGAAACUAAUCCACAGUGUGCUGCACUCAACCCAGGUGAGGUAAAUGGGUACCGGUAGGAAGUAAUUCCUUAAAAAGCUGUGUGCGCUAUGAACGCCUAGCUUAGCCGGGUAAUAUAGGAGCGCCUUGAGCACCUAACAAGGUGGAUAUGUGCGCAAUAUAAAUACCCUAUAUUAUUAUUAUUAUUAUUAUUACUAUGGAAACAGGAACUGUAGUUAUGUGAUUGCUUUGGAUUAUGGUAAGGCAUAAGAGACCCAGGUGGGUGAUUCAUAAAGAUGUUCGUAUGUUAAGAGCGACUGGUGAUCCUUUCUUGUGGUAAAUGGUAGAUUCAUUGGCGAUGGUUUAGCGCAUAAGAAAGGUUCACCAGUCAUUCUCAAAGUCGUUCUUACCUUGCGAACAGCUUCAUGAAAAGACCCCCAGGUCAGGUCUGUUGCAAUCUUUUACUGGACAGAAGAGCUAUCAGGAUUUUUUGGAGAGAAAAAACAAAUUGUGAUCUCAAAUUAUUCUAACCUUAAAUUGGAUUAAUCUGUCAUGUGUCAAUGAGCUGCCUGGCUUAUCUUCCAUGUAUUUCAACCAACAAACAAAAGACAAGUGAAAUACAUCAUUUUUUGCCUCAAAAUUAGUGAUUCAAGGGGGUAUUCGGUUUUUAACUUCUUAUAAUUGCAUGCUCUUGAUAAGCCAACAUAAUUUGAGUAGUGCCCCUGAUGUAAGGAGGCAGGUUGUAAUAGAGGAGAUAGGGAUAUAUUUAUAUACAACUGUCCCAUGAAUAUAUGUAUGUCAUAAUCCACUGAGAUAAACACAAAUUCAGCAGUCCCAAAUUUCAAACACAAUACAUUUUUGUUGUCCCAUUGUAGUUCAAAACUUUACAUUCGUUAUUUUUCUGAUUCUGGUUGAAUUACAAUGGUUGGAUUGUAUUUUGGUGCUGUCAUUUACAUUUGUACCAAGCUCAACAAACAUUUCUAGUAAUUUUUAUUGCCAAAUAUGUUUUUGUUUAUAGUGAAACAAUAAAUAUGAUUUCAUAUGACCA